CGCAGCCUGCCAGUGGGAGGUCACCGUCUCGCAGCUCUACGAUGUCAGCUGCCGUGAUUGUGACGCUCGCAGGGCUGCUGACGGCAAAUCGAAGUGGUCAGCCGUUCAGGGUGUGUGACAUUCCAUGCUGCGUUGUCGCGCCUAGCUGCGCCGAAGCCUUGUCUGUAAACUGCAGCUGCUCCGACACGCAAGAGGUAUAUGUACGCGAGGGUGACAUACCGGCAUCCGUUGAAAGCAUUCUCAUUUCACGGACGAAAAAUGUUGUCAUCUCCAAGAAGGCACUUUACGACUUCAAGUCAUUGAAAACGCUGACGGUUAUGGGCAUAGAAACUUUGAGGAUAGACUCUGAGGGGCUGGCUGGCAACUGGCUUGAUGAAGCGAUAGUCUCCAUUGAAGAUAUCGGCACGCUGACUGUUGUUCAAUACGCCUUCAGCUUCAGCUCUCAGAAAUUGGGACCGCGCCUCGCGCUGAGAAAUGUCGCGAAAUUGUCAGCUGGUCCGAGCUCGUUUGCAGGGGCGUUCGCCCACCUCUCCAUGGCGCGUGUUCGCAUGACGUCAUGCCGGGGUGAAACCUUUGGAGGACGUAUUUACCAUCUGGAACUGGUAGGUGUGACCAUUGAACAACUGGAGCAAGCGUGCGUGAACGCAGCCGCCCGCAGAGCGUGGGCGCUCCUCACAAUCCGCUCUUCCAACCUGACGUUCAUACAGUCCCUCGCGUUCAACGGAAGCAUCAAGGAAAUUCGCAUCGACCACCUGCACACAUCAGUCAUGCAGCGCAGCGGCUUCCAACUGUCCGUAAAGAAGCUGAGGAUCAACACCGCAUUCAUCGGUGACUUGAGAAACGGUUCGUUGGACGUGCUGGCCUCCGGAGCGAUCUGGAUCGACAACACGACCGUCCACAUGCUCGGGGGCGGCGCCAUGGCGCGCUUGCGGGUGAAGGCGUCGGCCUCGGCUCAUGCUCCGCUGCUUUUCCUCCGCGAGUUGCAUAUCGGCAGGGCCGAAGCCGGGUCGCUGCAGUUCGCUGCGGACACACACGUCUGCCUGGACGGUCUGCAGGUGGACCAGCCCCAGGAGUGCCCGAGCGCGGCGCUGGCCCGGCGGCUGGUGGCCGGCGGUGCGGCCGGCCAGCACAGCCAGGCGGAGCGCCAAGUCCUGCGGCAGCUCCUCGGCAGGGGCCGCUGUGCCACCGACGCCCGCACCUCGGCCGAAAUCGCCGGCCACGACCACCGCUGUGCGCUCGUGACGGGACGUCGGAACCAGAGGGUGCCGCAAACCGCGGUCGCGCUGCUGGCGUCGCUGGCGGUGGUGGUGUUGCUGGCCCUGGCGCUGGCGCUGGCCGUCCUCCUCAGGAGGCGCCGCGCUGCGCAGGGCCUCACUAAGACGGCGGCACACCGGUCGCCGCCACGAGCUGGAGGCACUCAGGACGGGGGCAGCGGUCACGGGAGAGACGCCAGGCGGGCGAGGCCGGGUGCCGCUGGGGUCACCAAUGCGGAGACGCCCGUGUACGCGGAGGUCGCGAGAAGCCGCCAGCGGACACCACGAGUCGACGUCCCGGUCACAGCUGGCUGGCACUGGCGCACGUCCUACGCAGCCGCUAACGAAGCCCCGCCGCUGCCGCCCGUCUCCAGCCAAAGGGAGCUGCCGCUGGAGGACGGAAGCGGCAGCAGUUCUCAUCUCCUAUUCCCAGAGCUGGCGUCACACGACGGCGUCCCCGAGGAGGAUGACUCGGGGUACGCGGCCGUCGGUGGAGAGUUGAUUGGCGGUCGUGCGUAGCCCGCUGAGACUAUGACGACUGCUUGGACAUGACGUGUGUGUGCGUGAUAUACCAACCAUGCUCAUGCAUGCACGGUUGCAUUUGUUCUCAUUUGCACUGCUCGUAAUGCGUGGCAGUGCGUUUUGUCGUCCCAUUGUUCUGCAUGCUUCAGUGGUUGCUUGACACCGCCUUUGACAACUGGAGAAAACGAUCUACAUGGCUAUCAACAUCCGACUACUGCUUAGCAAAUGCCAACAAUAUCCGAUCUACUGUGCAAUUGUGCCGAGCGAGCCAUCUCUGCCAGUGAUGAUGUCAACGUUGUAUGGCUGUGGUUUGAGACGCUUUGUUGAUCGAGGGAUUGACAUGGCGAUGUGCGAAUAAACCGGAUUUUGAUUU